ACGAUAUUGUUUAUUGUCCUAUUUGACGUAUUUCUAACGGACAAAAAGUUUCGAACUUUACAAAUCGAACUACGAGAAAAUUGCAUUUCAAUUAUAAAAUUUCAUUAAAACUACGAUGUCGGGCGAUAAAUUCGAUAAAGCCAAUAGCUUUAUUGCGAAACUGAAAGCUUAUGGGACGGAAAGUGAUGUGUGUAAUUUAAAAGAAGUGUACGAAACUUACAAAAGUAUUUUAACAGAAUUACCUUCUAAAGACAGAGGAUCUUUUUCGCUUAAUGUCUUAUGUACAUUAUGCAGGAACAUAGAGAAAGUACCUACAUGGCGCGAGAAGAUCUGCAACGCUCAGCUGCUGGAGUUAUCAGUAUGCUGUAUAAGACAAACACGUGUACUGGAUAAGACGGACCAAGUUAAGACAUUAGCUUGUGUGUAUCAUAUACAUAGAUAUCUCGUGAGACAGGAUACAAUGUUACAACCUGCGUUAUUACUAAAAUUGUCAUACAUGCCUUUCGAAGUGACUGAAGAAAAUCUCCAAAGAGAACAUUUCAAAGUAUACUGGAGUAUUUUGGCGGAUAGAAUUUAUUAUAUAGAAAAAUUGAAAACGACACGAAAUAUAAAUGAUUUAUUAACAAAAUUAAAUGAAGAUAUAAAAACAAUAAUAUCAUUAUACAAUCCAGUACAAUUCUGUUCAAACAUAUUAAUAUUCGUAGUGAAAAAGUUACAUUUUUUAUACAGCGAUAUUAAAACUGAUGAAUUGAUGAUUGUUUAUAAAAAUAUCUUUGAUUGUUUAUCAAAUAAAGAUAUAAUAACAUUUAAAAACAUCACAAACGAACAAAAAAUGAAUCGAAAGUAA